UUCCUAUCAGUGGCAAGAAAGAAAGUGUGAGAAAACAGAGUGAAAGAAUAUAAUAAUAAUAAAAAAAACCCAUCAAAAACUCUUCGUCGCUGCAUUUGGAUUGUAAAUUUUGUUUUUCUUUUUUUGGGGCACGCAGAUAAAAUAAAGAGAGAUAAAUACAGAAAUAAAAUUAAUGGAAAAGUAUAGACACAAGUAAAGUGCAUAUAGAAAUUUAUUAGUGUUCUAUUCUCUUGUGUGUUGUGUUGUGUGUUGUGGGUAGUGUUAUCUCUCUAUCUGCAUAUGUCGUCAUUGUCGCCUUCGAUUUCAAUUUCGAUUUUUGGUGCAGGCAAAUGUAACGGUAACUGGAGCAGCCGAGGAAUUAUUUUCAAUAAGAUAAAAGCCCCCAAAUGAAAAAAAAAUAAAUAAAAAGCAACGUGCACAGCUAAUAGAAAGAACAACAACAAAAACAACGCAGACUGCUUAAAAAAAGCCAAGAAACCGCUAAAGAAAUAAAAAAUAAAAAAUAAAAAGAAAACAUGACUGCCUCGUAUCACAACUGCGCUAUAUAAAUAUACAUACUGUAUAUAUAUCGUAUAUCGUAUACAUAUAUAUCCACCACAUCGACAUCGAUACAUCUGGAGCACUAACUAAAAUCAUCUAUCAUAAAAUGCGCAGACAGCUUCAACUGCUGCUGGCCCUCAUCCUGGCAGCAGCUCAAGCACAAUAUCAAUCGCCUAGGAUCAUCGAGCAUCCCACAGAUCUGGUGGUUAAGAAAAAUGAGCCUGCCACGCUCAAUUGCAAGGUGGAGGGAAAGCCGGAACCCACUGUGGAGUGGUACAAGGAUGGCGAACCUGUCAAUACCAAUGAGAAGAAAUCACAUCGUGUGCUGUUUAAAGAUGGCGCCUUAUUCUUUUAUCGCACCAUGCAGAGCAAGAAGGAGCAGGACGGAGGGGAGUAUUGGUGUGUGGCCAAAAACCACGUGGGCAAAGCCGUCAGUCGGCAUGCCUCACUCCAAAUUGCUGUUUUGCGCGACGAUUUUCGCGUGGAGCCGAAAGACACACGCGUCGCCAAAGGCGAGACGGCGCUGUUGGAGUGUGGGCCGCCCAAAGGCAUUCCAGAGCCGACUAUUAUCUGGACGAAGAACAACGUGCCGUUGGAUGAUCUGAGUUCCAAGCCAUUUGGUGGCGCCACCUCGCGUGUCCGCAUUGUGGAUGGUGGCAAUCUCUUGAUCAGCAAUGUGGAGCCCAUCGAUGAGGGCAACUACAAGUGCAUUGCCCAGAAUCUUUUGGGCUCACGCGAAUCCAGCUAUGCCAAGUUAAUUGUACAGGUCAAACCAUUUUUUAUGAAGGAGCCCAAGGAUUUGACCAUGGUCCAUGGCCAAACGGCCACAUUCCAUUGCUCGGUGGGCGGUGAUCCGCCCCCAAAGGUGCUCUGGAAAAAGGAGGAGGGCAACAUUCCAGUUUCCCGUGCUCGCAUCUUGCAUGACGAGAAGAGUCUCGAGUUGUCCAACAUCACGCCAAAUGAUGAGGGCACCUAUGUGUGUGAGGCGCACAACAAUGUGGGUCAGAUCAGUGCCAGGGCUACUCUAACUGUUCAUGCUCCUCCAAGUUUCUCGAAGAGACCCAGCAACAAAAAAGUGGGACUCAAUGGACAAGUACAGCUGCCUUGUGUGGCAACUGGUAAUCCUCCGCCCUCUGUGUUCUGGACCAAGGAGGGCGUCUCCACGCUCAUGUUUCCCAAUACCUCGCAUGGUCGUCAGCAGAUCUCCGCCGAGGGUACAUUGCAAAUCACCGAUGUGCAGCAGGAUGACGAGGGUUUCUAUGUCUGCUCCGCUUUCAGCGUUGUCGACUCCUCCACGGUGCGAAUCUAUCUGCAAGUCAGCUCUGUAGAUGAGCGUCCACCGCCCAUUAUACAAAUUGGGCCAACGAAUCAAACGCUGCCCAAGGGAUCGGUGGCAACAAUGCCAUGUCGCGCCACCGGAAAUCCCACACCUCGUGUCAAAUGGUUUCACGAUGGUUACGCAGUCCAAAAUGACAAUCGACACAGCAUUGUCCAAGGCAGCUCCCUUCGAGUGGAUGAUCUUCAAUUAAGUGAUUCUGGUUUAUAUACUUGCACUGCAUCCUCGGAACGUGGCGAAUCCAACUGGUCAGCUGCUUUGGCGGUCGAAAAGAGCAGCUCGGCGACACUGCAUCGCAUUGCGGAUCCCAGCACCUAUCCUGCUCCUCCAGGCACUCCCAAAGUCAUCAAUGUCACACGUACCAGCAUCUCACUGCGCUGGGCCAAGAGUCAGGAGAAACCCGGAGCUGUUGGACCUAUUAUAGGCUAUACUGUGGAGUACUUUAGUCCCGAUCUGCAGACUGGUUGGAUUGUGGCUGCUCAUCGAGUGCCCGACACACAAGUAACUAUCUCUGAUUUAACAUCUGCCACAUCGUAUGUAUUUCUGGUUAGAGCUGAGAACUCUCAAGGGGUUUCUGUGCCCUCGGGUCUAUCGAAUGCCAUUAAAACACUGGGGGAAGACUUUGAUGCCAUGCCAUCUAAUGAAUUGUCCGCAGCUCGUACACUGCUGACCGGCAAGGUUGUGGAGCUUAUAGAUGCCUCUGCUGUAAAUGCGAGUGCUGUGCGCUUGGAUUGGAUGCUUCAUGUGAGCGACAGCGAGAAAUUUGUAGAGGGUUUGCAUAUACGUUACAGAGAUGCCACAUCUCAUUCGACGCAGUAUAAGGUAAUCACAGUGCUGGACGCAUCAUCAGAAUCACAUGUGGUUGGCAAUUUGCGAAAAUAUACAAAAUAUGAAUUCUUCUUGACGCCCUUUUAUGAGACGAUCGAGGGACAACCAAGCAACUCCAAGAUGAUCACAACCUACGAGGAUGUUCCCUCUGCACCACCGGAUAACAUACAAAUUGGCAUGUACAAUUUAACUGCUGGUUGGGUGCGUUGGACACCACCACCUGCACAGCACCACAAUGGCAAUCUAUAUGGCUAUAAGAUAGAGGUCAGUGCUGGCAACACCAUGAAGGUGUUGGCCAAUAUGACACUGAAUGCAACCACAACAUCGGUGCUGCUCAACAAUCUGACCACAACAGCAGUUUACAGUGUGCGUCUUAACGCCUUUACCAAGGCUGGCGAUGGACCCUACUCCAAGCCUAAAUCUCUUUAUAUGGAUCCCACAUACCAUGUGCAUCCACCGCGUGCUCAUCCCAGUGGCACACACGAUGGUCGCCAUGAGACGGGCAAUGAUUUCACUUACCAAACCAAUGGCAUGGCCAACACCGAACCCAACAAUGCCAAUCCCACAACGCAUCGCAAGACAACAAACUUUCUGCAUGGCACCUGGUUAAUGGUCUUGGUCAUCAUUGUGCUCGUGGUUGUGGUGGUGUUUACGGCAUCGGCGAUGGUUUACUUUAAGCGACGUCAUCAAAUGACCAAAGAGUUGGGACAUCUAAGCGUUGUCAGCGCCAAUGAGAUUACUGCACUGAACAUCAAUAGCAAGGAGAGUUUGUGGAUUGAUCGAGGAUGGCGCACAACGGACACGGAUAAGGACUCGGGCUUGAGCGAAUCUAAGCUGCUCUCCCAUGUGAAUAGCAGUCAGUCCAACUACAAUAACUCCGAUGGUGGCACCGACUAUGCUGAGGUGGAUACACGCAAUCUCACCACAUUCUACAAUUGUCGCAAGAGUCCUGAUAAUCCCACGCCAUAUGCCACCACCAUGAUCAUUGGCACCUCCUCGAGUGAAACUUGCACCAAGGCCACAUCUCUGAGUGCUGACAAGGAUUCGGGCACUCAUUCCCCCUACUCGGAUGCAUUUACUGCCCAAGGAGCGGCUGCUGUCGCUGCUGCCGCAGCCAACAACAAGUCCAACUAUCUGCAGUAUCCCACGGAAACCAUCAACUGGUCAGAGUUUCUGCCACCACCACCAGAGCAUCCUCCUCCGCUGUCUUCCAAUUAUGGCUAUGCUCAAGGCUCUCCUGAAUCCUCACGCAAGAGCUCCAAGAGCGGCGGCUCCGGCAUCUCUACGAAUCAGAGCAAUCUCAACGCCUCCAUACACAGCAGCUCCUCGGGCGGAUUCUCCGCUUGGGGCGUGUCGCCGCAAUGCGCCGUUGGCUGUCCGCCGGAGAAUCUGUACAGCAAUCCAUUGAGUGGCGUGGGUGGUGCUCAGAAUCGUUAUCAGAUCACGCCCACCAGUCAACAUCCGCCACCAUUGCCGCCGUAUUUUGCUGGCGCUGGAACUGCCGAGAUGUCCGGCCGUAAUAUACAUAUCCAUUAUCCGACGCAACGACAUGCGGUCAGCGAAUAUCAGGCGGGCUUGAAUGCCACACGUUGUGGCAACAACAACAGAGCCUGCAACAGCUGUGAUGCCUUGGCCACGCCCAUGCAGGGACCACCGCCCUUGCCACCGCCAGCGGAGGGUUGGUAUCAACCGGUGGGCUUGCCACAUGGCCAGCAAAUGCCAGCGACCGCCUCCAGUCAUCAGAUCUAUCAAUGCUCCUCCGAGUGCUCGGAUAACUCACGCGCCUCGCACAGUCACAGUCAGAGUCACAGUCACAGUCACGGCAAGCAUCAUCAUCAGCAGCAGCAACUUCACUCUGAUAGCAGCGCCGAUCGCAGCAGCAGCAAACGCUCCGGACAACGUCGACCAGCUGCAAAUCUUGUCCAGAACUCCUGUGCGGAGAGUGAGAAUGAGAACAUGCUCUCUGGCUAUGAGUUGCAUACACGGAAUUACACAAGCGAUUGUUGCAACAGUUCCCGCGAAGGCGACACCUGCUCCUGCAGCGAAGGCUCCUGUCUCUAUGCCGAGGCAGGUGAUCCCAAUCCCAUGGGAACCAACCAACGACAAAUGACUGCUAAGAAUACUUAAAUUCAAUAUAUAUAUACACACAUAUAUAUUUGGAAUGCAACUUGCGUAGUCUUAAUAUAGCAUCUAGUCGUAACUUUUCAUUCAUAUCGAAACUUAGAACAGACACACACACACAAACACACACACACACGAGAUACUCCAUAGCAUUUUAUAUACACAUAUAUAGUAUAUAUAGAAAUCGAAUAUAUAUAUCCACAAGAGUUGCAGUAUCAACUACAGACCGAAUACGUACUCAGAAUACUUAAACAGUAGAUACCAGGGAUCCAGAUAAAGAAAUUAUGAGUUUUA